GGACAAACAUAGAGCAGGACAUGAGUUCGCAUAAAGACAACGGGAACGUGGAUGGAACAACUUAUUUUAUUAGAGAACACGGCAUCUACGUGUACACGGCAAUUGUAGCCCUAAAUAUAACGAUUACAUUAUCAAGAUCGUUCCUGUUUUACAAGUUUUGCAUGAAGGCUUCCCAGAACAUCCAUAACACCAUGUUUGCGCAUAUAGUGUAUGCAACUAUGAGAUUUUUCAACGUGAAUCCUUCGGGAAGGAUCCUCAAUCGAUUCUCAAAGGAUAUGGGGAGCGUGGACGAAAUUCUUCCUGGCGUUCUUAUCGAUAGUUUACAAAUAGGUCUUAGCGUUUUAGGUGUAACGGUUGUAGUGUGUAUCGUCAACGUUUGGAUGAUAAUAGUAUCAUGUAUGGUGUUUGUUUUGUUUUAUGUACUGAGAGUUGUAUUCUUGGCAACAAGUAGAAGUAUCAAGCGACUGGAAGGAGUUACUAGAAGUCCAGUCUUUACCCAUUUAAACGCCUCUUUACAAGGACUUACGACAAUAAGGGCCUUCAGGGCAGAAGAGAUUUUAAGAAAGGAAUUCGAUAGGCAUCAAAACCUACACAGCGCUUCCUGGUACUUAUUCUUGGCUUGUUCCAGAGCUUUUGGAUACUGGCUGGAUCUGGUUUGUGUCCUUUAUAUUGCAUCCGUUACCUUCAGUUUCUUGUUGAUGUCCGAUGAUCAGUAUGGUGGGAACGUGGGUUUAGCCAUAACUCAGGUGAUAAGUUUAACAGGAAUGUUACAAUGGGGAAUGAGACAGUGGAGUGAACUGGAAAAUCAAAUGACGUCGGUUGAAAGAGUUGUAGAAUACACACAAAUAGAGACAGAGCCCGAGAGAACGGAAGUAAUACCCCCACCCGUCUGGCCAGAAAAUGGAAAUAUACAAUUUAAGUCAGUUUUUCUCAAAUAUUCCUCUCGUAGUCCUUAUGUACUUAAAAACUUAAACUUUACCAUAAAUCCACAAGAAAAAGUUGGAAUAGUUGGGAGAACAGGAGCCGGAAAGAGUUCCCUUAUCACAGCUCUAUUCCAAUUAUGCGAAAUCGAAGGUGAAAUUCUUAUCGACGAUUUGCAAAUAACCAAAAUACCUCUCGAUAAAUUGCGUUGCAAGAUAUCAAUUAUUCCCCAAGAACCUGUUCUUUUCUCUGGAACACUUCGCAAGAAUCUAGAUCCGUUUGAAGAGUACUCCGACGAGACGUUGUGGACCGCUCUUGAACAAGUUCAGCUAAAACAGGUGGUUUCUGAAUUGAAUCUCGGUUUGAAUACAAAAAUGUCCGAAGGAGGGUCCAAUUUCAGUGUUGGCCAAAGGCAGCUGGUCUGUCUAGCCCGAGCAGUUAUAAGAGAUAAUAAAAUAUUGAUUUUGGACGAAGCCACGGCAAACGUCGACCACCAGACUGAUAAAUUAAUUCAGGAAACUAUUCGGAAACAAUUUAUUAAUUGCACAGUAUUAACGAUAGCGCAUAGAUUACAUACAGUCAUGGAUUCAGACAAGGUGCUGGUUUUGGAUGCUGGGGAGAUCAAGGAGUUCGACAGUCCUUAUAAUUUACUACAAAAUUCAAACGGAUUCUUUUACAGUCUCGUUCAAAACACGGGGAGUUCCAUGAUGGAGAAUUUAAUGAAAAUAGCGCGGGAGGCACACGAAAAGUCAGCGUAAACAACGAAUUGAUAAGUAGCGUCCUUAGGGACAAGUUCUUUUAUUCUUUCCUAAGCUCGUUUCAAUAUACCUACAAAAACUGUGAUAUAUGUAUCUUAUUUCAUAGUGUGUAAUGGGCUUGGUAACUUGGAACAUAUUUUUUAAUGUACUUACAGAUAUAAUCAAUAAAGACAUAGGUGCAUAGAACGAAUAAAUACGAAAUGUAUAA